AUGUCGCCCAGCGACGACGACGAUGACGAUGAGGACGCCGAGGACGACGCGGAUUGGGAAACGCAACCUGUGGCACAGCCGCCGAAACAAGGCGCCGCACGCGCAUCUGGGACUGACAAAGGCAAAGGCAAGGCGGCGCCACCACCACCACGCCAGAAACCACGGAAGAAGCGGUCGGCUGCACCAGUCGAGAGGGGCUUAUGGUCGGACAAGGAGAGCACCAUCUUCGCCGCGGCGAAGUGGUUCACCAAAGAAGAGCUCGAGCCUCUCAAGUGGAAGCAGGGGACGCAAUACUGGGUCCGACUACUCGCGCACAUCAAGGAGUCGAACCCAGGAUGGUGCAGGGGUGUCAACGCGUUGCAAAAGCAGUGGCGUAACUUGAUGCUCCUUUGGCGGGAGUACAAGCGUGGCGACGGGGGGUCGGGCAACGGCUCGGUGGAGAAACCACCAUGGUAUCCGUACCUGGAGCUGCACAACCAGGACACCGCCGCAGCCGCACCGCAUGCGGUGGACGGCGGCGGCACCACUAACGUCAACGUGCCGGCCGGCAUGGAGGUUCCAAGUUCGUCUCAGCCAGGCACGUCAACACCAACCUUUACAGCUCCGCCGCCGCCGACCACUGCAACACCCAGGCGCGCCCAGGUGCAUGAGACGGCUACUAUGCAAGCUGCCAUGCUGGUCUCCACGACCAUCGAGGAUUGUCACGGUGACGCGAUGACGCGCAUUGAGAGCCUCGUCCGUGAAUGGAUGGCGCAGGACAUGCGCCUUGCCCGCGAGAGCAUGUCUGAAUCGGCUCCCCCGGACGUGCACCGUGCGCCGCCGGAUUUCACCCCUCCUCCGCCACGUGGGGAGUCCGCGCCAUCUCCCGAAGCCGCCCAGCAGCGCGACGAUGUUGGCGACGUCAACACUGUCACUCCGGGUGCUGAGGAUGUGGAGAUAUGGGUGCGCGGCGCCGACGAUUAG